CGACCCUUUACAACCCCUACCUCAACCUCUCAGUUCUGGCUUACUCGAGCGAGGAGACGAUCCGGACGGAAUUUAACAUCCGCUGCAGAUCAUCGGCAUACGUUCCUUUAGAAUCGCUGUACCUUAUUCCAAGAAGAGUACAAUAAGGUAGUAUUAGUAUUGAGCUUAUCCCGACUAUUUAAUCCAAUAUAAAAUCUGCAUUACCAAUGAUCUUCACAUGAAGCAUCCGUUAGGGCGGUAUCUCUGCAUCCACAAAUCGCUUAUCUGAUCCCCUGUGGAACGAAACAUGAAAUGAAAAGUGAAAUGAUCACCAAACUCAACACCGAAUCAGAAACACGAAAGAAGACGGCAAAACAGCAAUUAAACCACUUUCUGGCGCGAGCGUCACGACGACGACGCAGCGCCAACGGCGAUGUCGUUCCCUGACCUAGGACAACACAAAAUCUGCAAUACGCACUUUGCUUAUUCUGAGGAGCUACAGGAGAGCUUACAACCGUGAGAGGAUGUUUGAGCAAAAAGGCAACCAUAAGGAGGAUCCAAGGGCAAUCCUGACUUAGGAAAAAUUCGGUUGGCAUUUUAUAAAAGCUUUAGUUUACUGACGACAUUUAAAAAAAAAUUCUCCCUGUUGAUACCCGAAAAGCACAAAGAAAACACAGCUCCUCCAACCACACGGAACUGGCACCGGAACCAAUAGGAUGCUCGAGAAGCAGCAGCAGCAGCAGAAAGAAAGUAGUAGCGCGCAUCGCUCUUCGCUCUCCCAGCAUCGCGCGACUUUCUUUGCGGCGUUUGCUAUGCUCAGAGCGCACCAUGCCAUGCGUCACGGUGCGAUGAUGUUAUAAAGCUAACGGUUCAAUUGCAAUGCUCCCCCAUUUACCGGCGAGAGAUCGGAGCGUGCGCACGUGCCUUCGAACGUAGCUCCGGACGAGAUCGUGUACGAGAUCGCGCGCGCCUUUAAGUAGCAACAGUUGAAGUAGUGUUCUUCAAAGCAUUUGAAUUACAAAAGCGUGAAUUCUUAGGCAGUGCAGCUUAGCGAAAGUCGAAGGUCCUGAACGUAAAGUGCGGCCCCAAAAACCAGUUCUUGUGGUGCGUCCGGACGCUGAAGUGAAAGGAGGCGGUGUCAGGGAUUAGUAGAAGGUGUGCGCGCGCGAGUGGACACCCGCAACAUUCAGCCACCAAAACGUGCUCUCUUCUUGGCGCGCGUGGCUGGUGAAAGUAAAAGUGGAAAAGUCGCACUGCGAAACGUCUGAUACGCGUGUUUGUUUGCGCUGUGCCGUUUUGUCAGCCCGUUUGAGCUAUCUCAAAACGGGGAAUAGGUUGUGGUGGAUUUGUAGUGGGCUGGAUUUUUCCGGAGUAGCAGGAUCUCGGGCGAAGAAAAGUGAAAUCGGAAAGCUUCCAGAACGUGUGCGUUCAGUGUGUUGUGAUCAUGAUAAGCAGCAGUUUAAGUGCAACAUAAUUUCUCAAAACGAGAUCAGCAUCGCCUGCAGCAAACCGCUUUUCAGAGGCUGAAUGCCCAAAAGGAAGUCAACCGAGCGGGCAUCGCGAAACAGUGCGGGAACGAGAUACACAGAGCACGAACAAAAAAAAAACCGUCAACCGGAAUGGGUCUAUUUUUAUGCUACACGCUGCUGACGCUCGCGGUCACUUUCACUGGAAACGCGCACGGCGGCAAUCUGGUAAAGCGGAGUCUCAAAAACACAGUUCCCUGCUUCGAGGAUGGACGGUUUUACAGAAAUCCUGAUCGACCGGAGCAGAAAAUGUGGACCAAUACCGAGUGCGCGAAGUACUAUCUGUGCCUCGACGGGGAAGUGUUCGAGUUCAAAUGUUCCGUCGGGCUGCUGUUCGAUGUGUCGCGGCAAAUCUGUGACUUUAAGCAGAACGUGGACAACUGUGACGUGACUGCAGAGGCCCGUGUUCCGAAACCGCUCCUGGAGAAUGCCAAAUGCGAAGAACGAUCCCAGCUCGGGUGCGGCGAUGGAACCUGCCUGCCGAACGAAUACUUCUGCGAUGGUUCCGUCGACUGUGAGGACGGUUCGGACGAAGGCUGGUGCGAUGUGGAGAACGAUCCGAAUGCAGCCGACCCGUGCGACCUGUCCGUGUGCGAGCUGCCGGACUGUUUCUGCUCCAAGGAUGGUACCAUCAUCCCGGGACGAUUGGAACGCUACCACACGCCGCAGAUGAUUCUGCUCACGUUCGACGAUGCAAUCAACUUCGAAAACUGGGAACUGUACACGGAGAAACUCUUUACACCGGCGCGCAAAAAUCCCAACGGAUGUCCGAUCCGGGCGACGUUCUUCAUAUCGCAUCAGUACACAAAUUACGCCCAGGUGCAGCGGAUGUGGAACGAUGGGCACGAGAUUGCGGUCCACUCGAUCACGCACCGGGGUCCGGAGGAGUGGUGGUCCCGCAACGCUACGAUCGAGGAUUGGUUCGACGAGAUGGUGGGCCAGGCGAACAUUAUCAACCGAUUUUCGAACGUCCGGAUGGAGGAGCUGCGUGGGAUGCGGGUUCCGUUUCUGCGCGUCGGUUGGAACAGGCAGUUUCUCAUGAUGAAGGAGUUUGGCUUCGUGUACGAUUCGUCGAUGGUGGCUCCGUUUUCGAAUCCACCGCUGUGGCCUUACACGCUCGAUUACAAGAUGCCACACGCCUGCAAUGGGAACAAUCAGUACUGUCCUUCCCGGAGCUAUCCGGGCAUCUGGGAGCUGGUCAUGAAUCAGCUGGAGGCGGGCGAGUAUACGUGCGGCAUGGUGGACACCUGCCCGCCGCACAUGAACGGGGAGGACGUGUACCGGAUGUUUGUGCACAACUUUAAGCGCCAUUAUCACACGAACCGGGCACCGCUAGGGCUGUACUUCCAUUCCACGUGGUUCCGCAAGCAGGAGUAUCUGGAUGCAUUCCUGAGAUUCCUCGACGAUAUGGCCAAGUAUCCGGACGUGUACUUCGUCACGAACCAUCAGGCGAUCGAGUGGAUGCGCAAUCCGACCACCUCCAAUCAGCUCGGCCACUUCGAACCGUGGCAGUGCCGACCGAAGCAGCUCGAUCCGCAGGAACAUGCCUGCAAUCUGCCCCGAACCUGCAAGCUUCACAGUCGCGUCCUGCAGCAGGAUCGCUACCUUUCCACCUGCAACGAGUGUCCGGCCCAGUAUCCCUGGAUCCGGAACGAGUUCGGAUUGGACUAGAGAGAGCGGGACUGUGUAGUGGUAGCGUGAUUUGCGUUGUUUGGAAUUUAUUUACAAGCAUAAUAGCUCAACACCGAGUAGAAUUUAGUUUGUGUGUUCGGUAGUACUUUCCGGCUACUCUGCGAUGCCCCCUUUCAACUUCAUUUGCGUUACAAAUUUUAACAACUAUUGGUAAGCCCAGCGGUGGAAGUCGCUACUGCUACAACUACUACUGUUGCUCCCUGUGCUGGUGUGACGGGAACGCGCGCACGACUUCCUAGCAGAAGAAUGUUUUAAGUAAGGUUACUUAAGGCUAAGUUAAUAAAUUCGAUCGAUUUACCGAUCUGCCGUAAA